AUGGGGGACAGUGCUUCUUCUCAGGUUGUGGUUGAGUCGGGCCUCGAAUACAAGGAGGUAGCCACCAAGGGGAUGCUGGCUUAUAGAGCGCCAUCGCUUCAGCAGCCUCACAAGGCCCGUCAGGCCUUAAGAGAUGCACAUGAAGGCAAGAUUCCCCCACUGAUAGGAUUCUACUUGGCCCUGCCUACCGUUCCAAUUGCCAGAAUGGCAGCCCAACUAGGCGCCGACUUCAUCUGGGUGGACUGGGAACACUCGCCCUGCGGCGUUGAGACCAUGACGAAUGUAGUCCAUUCUAUCCAAGAGGUGAGCGAAGGGAGGACUAUGGCAUUUGUCCGAGUCCCUGGUCAUGAUCAUGCAAACAUCGGCUUCGCAUUAGACGCUGGAGCUUCCGUUGUCGUUCCCCAAGUCGAUACUGUUGAGCAGGCUGAGCAUGUUGCGGCCGCCACCAAGUUUGGCAAAGCAUACAAAGGAAGCCGUUCUGCACCUCCCGCUCGCUGGCUUCCAGGAUUAAGUGCCAACACCAUCGAUCCAUCGUUGUCCAUAUGGGAAAGUGUGAAUAAGCAGGCUGCGCUCAUCAUUCAGAUAGAAUCCGAGGUUGGCGUUAACAACCUGGACGCCAUGCUCGCCUCCGUAGGAGACAACAUCGACGCUGUCUGGAUCGGCACUCUCGACCUGCGUGUCAGCCUAGGGUUUGAUGGGAUGUGGGGAGAGGAACCAGAGUUUCUCGCUGUGAUCAAGCGAUACGAAGAUACUCUGAGGAAGUAUGACAAGCCUAACUCGGGAGGAUGUUUCAAUAAGAACUGGCCCCUGAUGGCAAACAAGUCCUUCAUCCCAGUCUGUGGCGACUGGUUGGGCAUCCUGUCUCAACGGGAACUCAUCGUAAACGCGAGAGAGAACCUGCCAGCCGCUGGCAAGCGUUCUUGCUAG